CGGCCUCGCCACCUUCUCCAUCCGAAAGCCAAAGGCAUAGAAACCAGUCAAGACUCAAGAGCGAGUUCCAGUAGCUAUAGCCGCGCCUGUUGGGAAAGCCAUCUGUGUCGUCGGCGAUCAUGGAGGAUGAGAGGAGCACCCAGCAGCACCAGGGCGGUGAGGUCCAGGAGAACGCCGCCGAGGUGAAGGACAGGGGACUCCUCGACAGCCUCCUCGGCAGGAAGAAGCACGAGGACCAGGACAAGAAGCAGGAGGAGGAGCUGGCCACUGGCAUGGAGAAGGUCACGGUGGCCGAGCCCGAGAAGAAGGAGGAGGAGCACGAGGCCGCCGGCGAGAAGAAGGAGAGCCUUCUCGCCAAGCUGCACCGCUCCAGCUCCAGCUCCAGCUCGUCGAGCGACGAGGAAGAGGAGGUGAUCGAUGAGAACGGAGAGAUCGUCAAGAGGAAGAAGAAGAAGGGCCUUAAGGAGAAGAUCAAGGAGAAGCUGCCGGGCCACCACAAGGACCACGACGGCGACCACCACACGGCCGCCGUACCGGCCCCCGCGCCCGUGGUGGACGCGCACGCUCACCACCACCAGGAGGAAGAGCACAAGCCGCAGCACUUCCCGGCCCCGGCGCCACCCCCACACGUGGAGACGCACGUCCACCAGCAUGACCACGGCGUCGUCGUCCAGAAGGUCGAGGACGACGUGAAGACCGAGACCCCACCCCCAGCGCCGGAGGAGGAGAAGAAAGGCCUGCUGGACAAGAUCAAGGAGAAGCUCCCCGGUGGCCACAAGAAGCCCGAAGACGCUGCCGCUGCCGCACCGGCCGUCCACGCGCCGGCGCCGGCGCCGCACGCCGAGGAGGUGAGCAGCCCGGAUGGCAAGGAGAAGAAGGGCUUGCUGGGCAAGAUCAUGGACAAGAUACCCGGUUACCACAAGGGCGAAGACCACAAGGACGCCGCCGGCGAGCACAAGACCAGCUCCUAAGGUCGCCCGCAGCGUGUGUCCUCCUGGCCGGGCCAUGAUCGAUCAGAAGCGUUGGCGUGCGUUUUGAGUUCUGGUUUGCUUUUAGCAAGUUAAUUUGUUUCAAGGUGGAUCGCGUGGUCAAGGUCCGUGUGUGUGCUUUAAGCCCGACCGGUGGUACUGGCAGUGACCAGUGAGUGUUGAUGCUUGUGUUGGCUUUGGGACGGGCUUUAGUUUGGUUCCAAGUCAGGGUCUGGAACUCUGGAUGUUGUGUACUUGGGUUUGUUGAAUUAUUAUGAGCAGUUUCGUAUUGUAAUUGGGCUGGGUUACCUGGACAUUGGUAUUUGCAUUAAUAAUUGCUUUGGUUCCUGCCCAGCACAUAUA